AUGCAGCUCAAGAACAUCGUCCUCGCCGCCUCGGCCGCUGCCACCGCUGCCGCUCUCCCGGCCACCGACGCUUCCUCCCAGAGCCAGACCUUCGGCAUCGUCUCCAUCCACUCCGGCAGCGCCGUGCAGUACCAGCCCUUCACCGCGGCCAAGAGCAGCCUCUUCGCCGGCCUCCCCAGCCAGAACGCCAGCUGCGCCCGCCCCAAGGAGCAGACCGCCACCUUCUACAUCCAGGACGGCGCUCUGUACCUGUACGACCAGUCCGCCACUCCCCAGGAGUUCUACGUCGACCGCUCGGGCAUGGGCCAGGGUAAGAUCGGCUACACGACCGGCGCCCAGCCCGCCCCCAAGAACGCGGAGCGCCAGGGCUGGUCCAUCGACAAGAACAACCACCUGCAGUUCGGCGGCAGCGACCUCAUCGCCUGCCCCAACAGCAUCGACGGCGCCUGGAGCAUCUGGGCCAGCGCCGGCGUGAGCAACCCCGCCGGCAACAGCGACUGCGUCGGCAUCGCCGCCCGCGUCGAGACCACCACCAACCCCAACGGCUGCCUGUACACCGAGUAA